AUGGUUUGCGAGCUAUUGCAUAGGAGCAGGGUGCUUUGCGAAUCCUAUCCCUCAGAAUUCAUAUCAUAUUGUCAUUAUUGCCGAUCAUUACCGUUUGAGGACGAGCCAGAUUACUCAUACCUGAAGAGGCUAUUCCGUCACCUUUUCAUUAGUGAGGGUUUUCAAUUUGACUAUGUGUUUGAUUGGACUGUUUUGCAAUAUUAUUCUAAGCAAAUUGCAAGAUCGCCAGAAAAGAUCCCUGAUCAGAAGAAGGAGAAGAAGAAAGUGAAAUUUGCAGAAGAUAUGGUAGAGCCAAGUGGGAACAGUGAAGAAUAUAGAAAGCUUCAUCAUUCUAAUAAGGUCAAGAAUGCUCUUAAACGAUACGAAAUUGAACAAAAAUGUCGUUAGUGAAUAGUUUGGUCCAAAAAUGUCACUGCCGUCAAUAGUUUGGUCCCAACGAGUUGGCAUUAAGGGGACAUCCUAUUUCACAUCAAGAAUAGGACAAAAAAAAAGCAUGGGACCAAAAAAAGACAACAUAAUAAAACAGUAGUAGUAGAAGUUAGCUUUAUACAAAUUGUGUCUGAAGUGACAAUGUAUUUUUGAGGUCAUAAGUCACUGUUUGUUUUCUGUCUCUUGGCAUGUGAAAGUAACAUUGCAAAUGCACAAAUAGACAAAAUAUGCUGUGAUUUUGGUUAUGGUGAUCUUUUUUGCAGACUA